CCAAACUAAAAUUGAAUGCCAGCUGUAUCUACGGAGACCAGCAGUGGGUUACAUGGAGAAAUACAUGGCAAUGAAACCCCCACCUUUUUUUUUGGUGUUUAUGCACCUGUUGUGCAGUGCGUAGGUGUCACCUCAGUGUUUCCAUUUCGGUCGAGGGGAAAUACAGGAUGCAUCUGUUACCAUGCAACAGGUCAACAAAACAGAUGCGGAGGGUGCAAGCAGAUGCAGAAAUGUCGUCAAGCUAUUCAGCGAAUCAGAUUGACCUGGUUUACUUUCCAUCCUAAGUACAACAGUGCCUUCAAGUCGCAGAGGCUGCAGAACUGGUGUGAGACUAAACACUUUAAAGAGAAACCCACUGCACACCAUGGUCACACCACCUUCAUUGCCAAUGACAGAGGACAUCUGUUCCCUGGAGCAGUCAAGAGGGGCAGUGCAUGGCCUGACUUUAAGGGGACCUGGGAUCUACCUGCUCGUAUCCCACCCUGCCACAUCAAUCCAACAAGCCGCUCUGUGGAGGGUCUCAACAGGCUGAAGUCCUGGGGCUUUGACCCACAGUACACUGGCAAGUCUCCGCCACACACAGGCAGCAAAAACACAGAUAGGCGGCAGGAUGUUGCCAAGCAGAGUGAUGGAGUUGUACAGCAGGAGGGUGCUGCCCCGUUCUCUGCAGGGGAAGCCCAGCCAUUGCCUCAGAGCUGCGCCGCCACCACAGCACUGAUACCGCAUAUCCACCCACAUCUCUCCGUCCUCCACUUCCUCCGUGGCUUCUACCAUAUUAUGAGUUGUCCCUCUGUAAUGUCUUCUUGCUGUGAGAGAGCUGACCAGUGAUGAUGUCAUAAACACUGCUGAAGAAUAAACUAGUGUUCUCUCCUGUAUUACAACAAGUUAACCAUUAUGUUCAUCUGGGAUAGAUUUAGCAACAUUUUGCAGCAUGAUGGGUUGUAUAUAAAGAAUCAGAAACUUUAUACUGUCAGGCAGGAAUAAAGGAGAAUACACUGAAGAAAACAUACAUUACCUGAGCGUAUCACCCAUCAGAAACUGGACGUUGAACAGCACAGACACGCUCCUACUUUAUGUGUACAAGUGUAGUUUACAAUCAAGGUAGAAGCAGGAUGUUGGGUGCGGCCGUGGCUCAGGAGGUAGAGUAUAAGUACAAGUAUAAGACCAUGUACCAAGUGCACAUACUAAUGUGUGUAUUCUGAUUCAUGAUAGUUUAUCUUCCAUAUGUUGACAAAUAAACCACAGCACAAACAGAAUGCCACUGCCCCCAUGAAUCAUAAAACCACAUGAAUUUCUAUGAGUUACUCACUCCACCAGAUCUCAACAUUUAAAAAACUGACAAUACAUACUUGUGUGUGUGUGCAUUGUAAACUGCCAAUCUGAAUCAUAAUGCAUUUACUUAUAGGCAUUAUCAUUUAUAACACAUGGUUGCUUGCUUGUUGCUAUCAUUGCAAAUAGCUUCAUUAUGUUGAAUAGGCAUUAUCAUCAGAGCCGGGUAGUAUUUGAUUCAUAUACUGUAGUUUUGCACAGUUUCAUUAAGCACUGGACUGUUGCUUCAUCAGUUCAGUGGUUUAACAAGGCACAAAAGUCACAUCUGAAUACAAGAUCCAGCAGAUCAGAACAAAUUCUUAUUCUUGCA